AGCCAGCCAGCGUAUCCCACCCAAAUGGCAGACUACAAUGCCUGUUGCCGACUGCAACACCUGUUAUGUUGUGCAAUUUCCAGCAGGCGUGAACGUAGCAUCGUUUGGGUUUCUACAGCAACGACUUACAACAGAGGAUGGUUUACAUUACAGAGGAGCUGGUCCGGCGGAGGGCCGAGCACAAUGAGUGUGAGAUCUUCUCCUUGGAGGAAGUUUCUCUCCAUCAGCAGGACAUUGAAAAGAUUGAGCACAUUGACAGGUGGUGCAGGGACCUGCGCAUCCUCUACCUGCAAAACAACCUGAUCCCCAGGAUAGAGAAUCUCGGCCGUUUGAAGAAACUGGAGUAUUUGAAUCUUGCCUUGAACAACAUUGAAGUCAUUGAAAACCUUGAAGGUUGUGAGAGCCUUCAGAAGUUGGACCUGACUGUCAACUUUGUUGGCUGUUUGAGCAGCGUGGAGUCUUUGCAACACAAUAUCCACCUCAGAGAGCUGUUUCUGGUGGGGAACCCGUGCACUGAGUUUGAGGGCUACAGGGAGUAUGUGGUGACCUCUCUGCCUCACCUCAAGUGCCUGGAUGGGACAGAAAUCACUAGGUCAGAAAGGAUUCGAGCCUUUCAGGGACUGGUGGAGGUAAAGAGGCGAGUCUGGGAGCAGGAGAAGGAGUAUUUGAGGAGAAGAGCCAAGGAGAAAGAGGAGGCUCACAGAAAGACUACAGGAGAGCAAGAAAGGAAGGGGAGCAAGCCAGGUUUUGAUGGUCGUUGGUACACUGACAUUAACAACACCGUGUACGUACAAUGUCCAGGGCUGGAGGAAAAUAAAGAAAACCAGGAAGCAGCGGAGAACACAAAGCUAAAGAUGACGGUCCCUGAUUUGGAGGAAGAGCAACGAAGAGAGGAGGAGUUCUGGCACACGCCAUGUCCAUUCACCCCUGAAUCUCGUCUGGAGGCUCAUCGCCACCUGGAGGAGAAGAGGAAGGCGAAGGAGAAGGAGGAGAUGAAGCCGAAGACCCCGAGGACACUGAUCACUGCUGAAGGACGAGUCAUGAACGUCAAUGAGCCCAAACUGGAGUUUUCUCUCACAGAGGAUGAAGAAAACAACGCCAUCGUCCUGGACCUGGCAGUUUACAGACACCUGGACACUUCUCUGAUAGACGUGGAUGUUCAGCCAACGUAUGUGAGAGUCCAGAUCAAAGGAAAGAUAUUUCAGAUAGUUCUUCCUGCUGAAGUGCAGCCCGACAGUUCGUCCGCUCAGCGGUCCCAAACCACCGGACACCUGGUCCUCACCAUGCCCAGGGUUGAAGGUGAGAUCAAAGUGACCAAAGGUGCUUCACGUCCAGCCAGAGUGUGUGAAACAGGACGCAGCAGCUCGUCUGAAGGUCAAAACAGUCUCUGAAGUUCAUUACAACCCGACUACACAACAGCCCGGCCUCUAGCGUCUAAUCUAAUGAAGACUUUAUGACAUGAAAGCACAUCAGCUUUAAUAAAAAGCAACGCGACGCGUUGUACUUGUCACUGGCUGAAUCAAAGUCACCACCUACAGCAGGUUUGUACUAAUGCAGAAGAGGCUGCAACAGGAGAAGAGACCUGAUGGUUGUGGUUCUGCUUGGCCACGUGUUAAUCUUUCUUUGGCCUUGAGUGGAUUUUACACAUCGCGGGUCUGACUUGUCGUAACCACUGAUACUCGUUGACUCACUUCAUCAGCUGUGUUGAUGGUAACAUCCUCCAUGCUAAUGACUGUGCACCAGCCACAGGUAACCUUGACCCGAGCGACAACAUACUGGAUUGACUUGUGAUACUCCUUAGAAGCUGAACCUUUGUAAACGCGUGCGGUGGGCGGUGCAGUAUAAGUAAGGAUGUCCAGGUGUAUUCACAGAAUGCUUCAUCUUCUGAACAGCGUUCACAGCGAGUCUCAGCCAUGACACUUGACUCAGUUAGAUUCCGUUUAGUUGAGCUGAGAGCAGAGAAGCUUCACCUCUAAACGGCCACGGCGUUGUUUUACUGAGCGCUGUUUCCUCUCCUUGCCUGGAGGUCUUCUCAUCACUGCACUAUCAUCAUUAGCAUUUUAUGACAUGGAGCGGCUUCUUGUCCUUCAGCUGCCCCCAUCAAACUCCGUAAAGAGCCCCGGUGCAAUCCUGUACCUUCAAAUGAAACAUCCGAUAAAACGCUGAGCUGCUGCUACAGGAAGGUGACAGCUGAGCGGCGCUACCAGCUGCUGAGUUAUGGCGGCAAGUGGACUGAGGGUGAUUUUUGACCCCAGGCUUGACCACAGACACAUGAUAUAGAUCCAAUGCCUUUGACACAGAUGGAAAUAAAUCUGAAAGCGAUGAUUAGGUUUCAAAUUGAUCGGUUUGAUUAAACAAGGCAGUGAAAUGUGUGAACCGUGUGGUUUAAUGGAAUCCAGAUCAUGUGAAGCUGAGAUCAGGUCGGCUGUAAGGGCUGUGUUAUGAUAAGACUUCCUGAAGAGCUUUAAUGUAAAAGGAUUUAAAUGUUGAUCAUCAGGCCACAGACCAUUUUACAGUGAGUAAUAAUAAGUAAUCAACCAAUUCCGAUACUUGAGCUCGGGGAAAGCUCAGCAUUUAACCUUUGAGUUUAACUAUAUUUUCUUAAAGUUUUGGUUUUAUCACAUCUGAGUUCUGGACCCGUCCAUGCUUGUGAUGUAAUUCACUGAGCAUCAGAAACUCCAGCAGCUGUUAAUUUGACAUUCGUACAGUAACGUUUGUGGCAGUGAGCAUCGCUGGCUCCCACUGUCUAACCUCGUUUCGGACGCUUUACCUGAGCACGUGCCUGGAGGCGUUGCCUCAGGUGACCCUCUUUCAGAGCCCAUUUCAGACGUUGACCACAGAGGCGAUAGUAGAGCAGCGCUGGAGUAAUGACUCCAUCCAUCUUGUCCAGAGAAGCGCUCAUGAUUAGGUUACCUGUCUGUUUCCAUGAUGAGUGUUGGAGCUAAACUUAGACCAGGCCGUGCCCCCACUCUGUCUUGUUAGCAUUAAUAUACUGCUCACUAAUGUCAUUUAAUCAGCACAUGUUUUCUUCCAUACCUGCAAUACUGAUUUUUCCCAGAGCUUUUAAACCUAAUGUUUUUUAUUGUAGCUGCUUAAUCGGUUUAAACGUCCGUCAGUGACACACAGGAAGUAGUUCAGCAUCAUAAUUGUAUUCCUCCAUCAGGCAAACCAUGACAUCAACCAUUUCUGAGUCUGUCAGACUUGUUUUAUCUGAUUUUUAUCUUAAUGUGAGCGGAUGGGAUUAAGAUCAGACCUGUGACAUCAUGUUAUAUCCACUUGAAAGCUAAUCCUCGGUGGAGCUGCGGCUGCAGACGCUAAACAGAAACUGCUGAUGUUGUUACAGCAGCCGAUUACAACUCAAUUACACGGCCAUCACUGAAGUGAGAGCGAUAACCUUAGAGGAGCUCAGUCUUGACAAAAGCCUGCUCACAUUCGUCUUUCUGCAGGUAUCCAUGAAAUCUGCUCCUCAGGCGUGCUCAGCUGGUAACGAAUUCCAGGGUUGGUGGUUUGAUUCCCUGUCUGUCCAGAUGGCUUAGGACAAAACAUGUAGUACAGUAGCAAAUAAAUGUAAACGAUCAUUGGGGUCAUUUUGUCUCUAGAUUCGGAUUCUAACUUUGAAUUUCUGAACAUGUCAGGUUUCAGACUGGAGGAAAUAUCUGGUUACACAAGCUCACCUUGUGGGAAACGGUUUCGUUUUGAGACCAAAUAAUAAAUGAUUAAUCGUAAACUGACAGAUUGAGGUAUGUAUGAUGAUAAUGAAGCGAAGUAUUAGCUUCAGCUCCAGUUCAACUUCAAAGACCUCAGGAUGAAAGAAAUGUUUCAUCUACGAUAAAACUUGCAGAAAAAAUAUUUCAGCAAACUAGAACUUUUCAUCUUUAUUAUUUGUGUCUUUUGCGAUCGCUGUGCUUCAACUUCUCUGUCGUUAAAAGCAGCACCUCAUCUCUCGACACUAAUUGUGGAAUCAGAGAUUCUAAACCUUUCAGAUCUCAAAGAAAAUGAACUCAACUACUUCCCCAUUUUCUCCAACCGAGCUGCUAAUUUUCCUGCUGCAGAGUGAAUGUGUGCUCGUACAGCGCGUGUCCUCUGGCAGCUUUAUUCCCCUCUUAAUAAACAAGUGGCAGAAUGCAGAGAGUAAUGAAGUGACUCCUCCUCCUGAGUCCUGCUGCUGUGCAGGAGAUUAAAUUACUGUAUAAUUGCGGCGUUCUUCCUGGAAAAUCAGCACAUUUCAUUAAUUUUCUCUUGCCUUUGGUGCCUACUCUGCUGCCGCAUGCUACAGCUAACACGCUAAUGAAGGAGGUGGUGGCGGUGAGCUACAGACGCCAAGGUCAAGGUCAGCUAAAAUACACACUUUGUGUUUGUAAUUACAUGCUGUUACUGUUCAAACCUAGGACCAGGGCCUUUUUAUACAACUUAUUGUAACAAUUGAAUUUCCGCCUUGUUUCGCUCAUUAGUGUUCGUUUACUUGCUGGAUCAAUACCAUUCACACACAGUCAGUAGCCGACUUCUUAUUGUCUCCACGCACACAAACACCAUUAGGAGAGAGAGAUCCCCAGAGAUGCUUUAAAAAUAAUGUGUCACUCUCUUCUGACCGUGUGGCUGCCUGUUUGCUUUAAACAUUAAAAACUGAUGGUUUGGUAAAUGGAACCAACAUGUUUUUGUACUUGAUUUACAAUAACACAGCUGGAUAAUAAAUAAAACAAGCAAAUUGUCACAGUACCAAAAAACGAUAUAAUUCUUAAAAGGGUUUUUGUCUGAUCUUGUAAAACUAGAAAUAAUGAAGCUCUCUUCAGAUAUUCCAUCUACAGUACAUGUUCAUAUUUACAGGCAUGUUUCAUUAAUCACAGACAGAAUAAAACAGUAUUAUGCAGAAAUCUGUAACGUUUUCACAUCAUUAAGACAAAUGACAACAGAUGCUUUGUGUUCAUUACUGUAGGUAUUUGCCUGAACCUGCAGCAGAUCACAUUCACCAUACGCUGAUUUGUUCACAGUAACCGGGUUUCAUCACCAAAUAAAUCCACGUAGCUCAGCUGCGACGUGGCUGCAGCAUGUUCACAGUGAACCUGUUUGA